AUGUGUACUAUACAGAAAGAUGCCGAAAGUGCACCGCAAACGAUAUCCAAAGUGCAAACGGCCCUCAUGAACCUUGGGCGCUGGGCAAAGAAAACAAAGAUUUCAGCUGAGAAGGAGAAUAUUAGUAUUCCUACAGUUGCUACAGUAUCACCUGGCUCUGUAGCUUUAGUUCAUGAUUAUCUUACCAAUCAUCAUGCUCAUUCUCCACUCUCGAACUUGGGUGCAGCUGCCAUAAACCAUGCCGAAUGUGCUACAGCGGAGGAAGUCACUUGUCCAAGUCAAUUGUCCACAGACAUUGAAUUGUCUGUGUUGCAUGCUGACUUGAAGGAAUCAGCAGACUUUGGGGUACUGGAGUCAGAAGAAACCUUGGAUUCAGACUCGGAGACUCUUCCGAGUCAUUUUGACUGGACAUCAAACAGUGGGGAAGUGGAUGAUGAACCUGGUGGGAUAGAGGGUUACGAGACCUUGGACGGCACACUCAAAGACGGUGCGGCACUUUCUAACUCGGAAAUUACCUGUCAGCGCUCUGACUCUGCACCCCCCCAAUCUCCCCUCCUCAGCUUCUCGGGAAUAUGA